AUGGGGUCGAUUUCAGAUGCAUCAAUCGUCAAAGGAGGCAACCCGAAGGAUUCCCUCUUCAUCAACCUCCCUUCAACUCCGGCAGAUGAACCAUUUGCAGUAAAUGGAGCUUAUAUACAAGACACAGACCCCCAAAAAGUCAACCUGGGAAUAGGAGUUUACCGAACGUCCAGUGGAUCCCCUUGGCCCCUACGAGUGGUCGCAGAUGCCGAAAACCAACUUCACCAAGCAAGUGAUGUGAACAGACAUGAAUAUCUCACCAUACAAGGAGACAGAGAAUUUCUCAAACUAGCAGCAAAUCUUGUCUUCGGAUUUGAUAACACGAAGAAUGCAUCCCCGAUCAGUGGAGAAAGUGAGAAUAAAGAUAGAGUUGUGUCUAUCCAAACAGUUUCCGGCACAGGCGCAAACAGACUUGGUGCGGAGUUAUUGGCACGCCAUAUACACCCAGGAUGUGUCUGGAUUCCUGACCCAACUUGGGGAAAUCACUAUACAAUUUGGGAUCUGGCUGGAGUCGAAAGAAAGAGCUACCCUUACUAUGACAACACUUUGAAAAGGUUCGACUUUGAAGGGACGACUCGGACGCUAUCUGAAUUUGCCAAUGAGAAUGAUAUUGUUGUUCUUCAUGCUUGCGCGCACAAUCCUACUGGAGCAGAUCCAACAAAGGAACAAUGGAAAGCGAUAGCCGAACUAUGUCAAGCUAAGGGCUUGAUUCCAUUUUUUGAUCUCGCAUAUCAGGGCUUUGCUUCCGGGAACCUCGAGCAAGAUGCAUGGUCUAUCCGACAUUUCUUCAACUUGAGUCCACGACUGGAAUUCUGCGUGGCGCAAUCAUUUUCAAAAAAUUUUGGACUGUACGGUCAACGUGUUGGUGCAUUGCAUGUUGUGAACUCUAUUAAUUGCAGCGAGACCUCCCAAAGACUGCUUGCCAAUCUUUGCCACCUGGUUCGUGGAGAGUACUCUAUGGCUCCGAGGGGUGGUUCAGAGAUCGUCAGAACUGUUCUGGCAAACAAAAAAUUGAAAUCCAAAUGGUUUGAAGAUCUCAUGACGAUGAGUGGGCGAAUCCUGGAGAUGCGAAAAGCCCUGUAUGACGAAUUGAUACGACUCCAAACCCCCGGAGGAUGGUUUCAUAUACUGACACAGAUUGGCAUGUUCACCUACGUCGGACUAUCAGAAAAGCAAGUCUCUGAGAUCAGAUCCCGGCACCAUAUUUAUAUGCUUAAGUCUGGUCGCAUCUCAAUCUCUGGCUUAAAUGAAAGCAACGUCAAAUAUGUCGCACAGAGCAUAGAUGACGUUGUUCGAACUGUGAACUAA